AUGCUUAAGGCUCAUUUACCAAAGCGCUUUUUCAGCACAAUUCGAGACCUUAAAGCUAGAGAAAUCCUUGAUUCCCGUGGCUUUCCUACUAUAGAGGUUGAUUUAUACACAGAAACACACAUGUACAGAUCCUCAGUGCCAAGCGGCAAAUCGACAGGCUUUUUUGAAGUUGCAGAGCUCCGUGAUAGAGAUCAGCCAAGAUAUGGAGGUAUAGGCGUAUUAACUGCUGCCAAUAAUGUGAUGAAUAUAAUAAAACCAGCAGUUUUAGGAAGAAAUGUCACAGAUCAGCAGAAUAUUGACAAACUUAUGAUAGAAGAAUUAGAUGGGACCUCGACUAGAUAUGGCUAUAUUAAAGCAAAAUUAGGGGGAAACGCAAUUUUAGGUGUAUCUUUAUGCUUAGCAAGAGCAGGAGCUGAUGAUGCUAAACUGCCUUUAUAUGCAUAUAUAGCUCAGCUUGCAAAUAAAAAGACAAAUAAGUUUAUACUUCCAGUCCCUGCAUUUAAUGUAAUAAAUGGAGGCAUACAUGCAGGCAAUAGAUUGCCUAUACAAGAAUUCUUGAUUUUCCCAGUAGGGGCUGCAACUUAUUCGGAAGCCCUAAGAAUUGGUACAGAAGUUUAUCAUUCAUUAAAAAAAAUCAUAAAAGAAAAGCAUGGACUUAAUGCAGUCAAUGUAGGAGAUCAAGGUGGAUUUGCUCCAAAUAUAAAGGAAAAUGAAGAAGCUUUUGACUUGAUUUUAGAAGCUCUAGAAUCCUCUGGAUACAAGAAAAAAGUGAAGCUAGGAAUUGAUGCAGCUGCUCAGCGUUUUUAUUCAUUGGAGCAUUUUAAGUAUAAUUUGGACUUUAAAAACCCUGAAACUGACGAAAGCCAAAUGAUAUAAUAUUUUAUAUGAUUUUUCAAUUUUUUUAAAAAAUCAAAAAUUAAUUUAUAAAUAAAGCAAAAAAAGAAUAAUUGAGCCUGAUCUUGAACAAAUUUAUCUAAAAUAUGUGAAAAAAUACCAGUUAGUUUCAAUUGAAGACCCUUAUUUUGAUGACCACUGAUGGGGUACAGAAUUUCUUACCCAAAAGAUAGGGAAAAAAGUCCAGGUAAUAGGUGACGAUUUAUUGACGACAAAUCCUAUUAGAGUGAAAAAAGCGAUUAAAGAAAAUGUGUGCAAUGGUUUAGUGAUUGAAAUGAACCAGAUUGGGACUCUGACUGAAUCAAUUGAAGCUUGUUUAUUAGCCCAAAAAGCUGGAUGAGGUGUGAUGGUAAGCCAUAGAUGUGGAGACACUGAGGAUUCUUUUAUUUCUGACUUAUGCGUUGGACUUGGGGCUGGACAAAUUAAAGCUGGAGCUCCUUGUAGAUCAGAAAGAUUAGCAAAAUAUAUAGUAAAUUUCAUGUAUAUUUUUUAUAUUUAUUUAAUUGGUAGAUUAUACCAGUUAUGAAAAAUGGCAUAAUCAGCUAUUAAGAAUUGAAGAAGAAUUAGGAGCUCGAGGCAAAUACGCUGGGGAGGCCUUCAGAACGCCUAAAGUUUAA